AUUAUUAAAGUACACAAUUAAUAGGAAUAACGGACAAUUUACUUUGUUAAAAAAACGGAUUUUUUUGUAUUCCUUCCUUUUGGGGAGUUGCAGAACCACCACACACGAAUAACAAGGAGGAGGAAGAAAAAGAGAGUCGAAUAAAGAAGAAGGAAGAAGAAGAAGAAGAAGACGCCUCUGUUCCGGAACCAAGCAGGCUUUAGAUUUAGCUGCUGGGGAGGUGGCGGAACAAAACCCUAAUCCCAAUCUGCCCUGAAUAUGCCAUUUUUGAGGAUAGUGAGACUUCUCCUACCUGGGAUCAGGGUCUUGAUUAGAAGAUCGCUAAUUUGGUUGCUGUAAAUGCAUAUCCGUGAAUAUAUUCCCUCUUGGAUCUACCAGUUAUUUGGUUGCAUGGGAGGUUGUUUUGGAUGCUGCAAUAAACCACCGCUUAUAGUUGCAGUGGAUGAGCCUUCUAAAGGGUUAAGGAUUCAAGGUCGUUUAGUGAAGAAACCAAGCGUAUCAGACGACUUCUGGAGCACAAGCACCUGCGAAAUGGAUAACAGCACAAUGCAGUCUCAGAGAAGCAUGUCUUCUAUCAGCUUCACCAACAAUACCGCUACUUCUGCAAGUACAAGCAACCCCACAGAAUUUGUAAACAACGGAUUGAACCUCUGGAACCAAACUAGACAACAGUGGCUUGCAAAUGGAACUUCACAAACAAAGGCCAAACUUCGAGAACCUACAAUAAGCUGGAAUGCAACGUAUGAGAGCUUGUUGGGUAUGAACAAGCGGUUCACUCGUCCAAUACCUCUCCCUGAAAUGGUGGAUUUUCUGGUGGAUGUGUGGGAGCAAGAGGGCUUGUAUGAUUGAUUUGCAACUCUUGUAACUUGAUUUCUCUUCUUUUUAUUUUAUUUUAUGUGUGUAAUCAAAAGAAGAAAAACAAAAUUCCAGAACUUGGAUUGUCUUUAGUCUUGGCUUCCUGAAAGUGAACGAACUCUCAAGGAACUCAAAUAUUUCCCGUUGAAAGGAAAUACCGAUUUUUUUUCUUUUUUUUUUGGGUUCAAUACUCGACUUCAGUUAUACUCAGAAUUGUAUUAUUGUGAAUUUAUGGCCCAAGUGGUUCUACUCUUUUCUGAGCAUUAUUACCUUUUUUUAUGAUA